AUGAGUGGAAGGCUGAAGCUGCCUCGGGGCGCCCUGAUUUUCAGGGGCCACCCAGAAGAAGAAGGCGGCAGCAGCGCCAGUGUCCAGGCUUUGCUGCCGGGGCGCGAGGACCCGGACUCCAGCGGGUUGACUCGAUCAUGGAAGAUCAUCAUAAGUAUGGUGUUUAUAGUGAUUUUGCUUCUUAUAGGAUUUAGAAAUCACAUGUGGUUUACGAAAACAGAGUUUCCUCAGAAAUCCAGACGAUUUUAUGCUGCAAUUACAGAAUAUAGUUCAAGGCUUUAUCAUUACCAGGCCCGACUUUGGAUGCCAAAAGAGCAACUGGAACUUUUAAAGAAAGAAAGCCAGGCUUUGGAAAACAACUUUCGUGAAAUUCUAUUUUUAAUUGAACAAAUCAACGUUCUGAAGGCAUUACUUAGAGAGACACAGGAUGGCCUGCACAAUCACAGCUGGAACGCGGAUGGAGACUCCAGCGAGGCCCAGAACACCACGGACAUCACUGACGAGGAAAUGGCAAACUUGGUAAAUUAUGUGCUUAAAAAGCUGAGAGAAGACCAAAUCCAGAUGGCUGAUUACGCCCUUAAGUCAGCAGGAGCCUCCAUCAUUGAAGCUGGGACCUCGGAAAGUUAUAAAAAUGAUAAAGCCAAACUGCACUGGCAUGGGAUUGGGUUCUCAAAUUAUGAAAUGCCUCCAGAUAUUAUCCUUCAGCCGGAUGUUCACCCUGGGAAGUGCUGGGCCUUUCCAGGUUCCCAGGGGCAUGCCCUAAUCAAGCUUGCCAGGAAGAUCAUACCAACUGCAGUUACCAUGGAGCACAUCUCAGAGAAGGUGUCGCCCUCAGGAAACAUCUCCAGUGCACCCAAGGACUUCUCUGUCUAUGGCAGCUUGAAACAAUGUGGAGGAGAAGAGGUUUUCCUAGGUCAGUUUUUAUAUAACAAAACAGGAACCACGGUUCAAACCUUUGAGCUCCAGCAUGAAGUUUCUGAAUCCUUAUUAUGUGUGAAACUUAAAAUCCUCAGCAACUGGGGACACACGAAGUACACUUGUUUAUAUAGAUUCAGGGUGCACGGCACCCCGGGAGACCACACCUAG